AUGGCCCGGAGGGUGCUGGGUGGAGGCCGCGUCCUCGGCAGUGGGAAGAACCUCUCUCCAGCUACCUCGACUCCGUCUCCGCAGCCCAAAGGCCGACUAUCUCCCUCUACGAGCAGCUUGUCCCUGAACUCGCAGGCGUCAGCUUCGGCCUCGGCCUCGGCUUCGCAAUUUUCCCCCGAGGCGCAAGACCUCGCCUCUCGCAUCAGUCUCGACAAUGCCGAGACUUCCAUAUCAGCCGCUCCGACGGUGUCCGGCACGCAACUGGCGUGCCCAAUAUGCAACGAGGAAAUGGUAACAUUGCUUCAGUUGAAUAGGCACCUCGACGAUGCGCAUCAAAACCUGGAGGAGAUCAGACAAGAUGAGGUCAAAGAUUGGUUCAAAGCCCAGAUGGAUAAGGCUAAGCGCUUCCAACCGUUAGCAGUCCUCAAUCAAAAACUAAAAGGGCUGGACGUUUUCGAAUCCAACGAGAACUCACAGCCCCCUUCCAUCGCCCCAACACGACAAGUCACCGCAUCGGUAGAAGUGCGGCAACCAGACCCUGAUGAGGUUGUGACUCGCGAACACUGGCAACCUCGCGGACCAUUUGACGUUUGCUAUGAGCCGAGCUGUGGGAAGAGGCUUACAGCAACCAACGGAUGCGUCAACUGUAGGAAAUGCGGCCAACUGUUUUGCGAGGAUCAUACAAUGUAUCAAAUGAAGCUGUCACGAGCUGCAUAUCAUGAGCCUGUUAGAGGCAUGUGGUGUCGUGUUUGCGAGACCUGUUACAAGUCAAGAGAAGGUUACAAUGACCAUAAUGGCUUUACAAAAAACCACACAGAUACAUUUUCACAAUUAAGGAAAAACACCGUCGAUAAAGCAUUUCUAGAAGUAUCUAGACUCGAGAAAAGACUUAGUCGGUUGACGCAAGCGCUCUCAAGUCUACCUGUAGACCAAAUACAGCCAGGCGCAAGCAAAUUAUGGCCUUUGGGAUGGCAAGGAGAUCAGCGCCGAGAGAUUGAGCAGUCUAUCGUCAGCUGGCAGGAUGAUGGGAGUGUUUUGCGCUGUCCCUUCUGUCAACAAGAUUUCUCAAAUUACUCUUUCCGAAGGCAUCACUGCAGAACUUGUGGCAGAGUUGUUUGCGGGGAUCCGGCCACUGCCUGCUCCAUCGAUGUUGGCUUAACUGUCUUGUCGAAGCCAGAAAAUUCUUCCGAAAAGUCUGUACCAUCCAAGGUUAACAUCGACAUAAGACUGUGCAAAGACUGCAGGUCGACCCUUUUCAGUCGCCGUGACUUUGAGGAAGAAAAAAUAAAACACGCACCGCUUGUCAGAUCAUAUGAAAACCUCGUACAAUUCGAACGAGGGAUAAGGCUUCUACUCCCGAGAUUUCAGAAGUUACUAUCUCUACUACAGGACCCUAAUAAAGCACCCACGCAUUCUCAACUUACCGACGCUUCGAAAGUUCGGAAGCGACUUAUAGAUUCUUUCGCCCAAUAUGAUACGGCUGCUCGUCGCAUACGCGACAUGCCGACAAAUUCGUCAACCCAGCAAAAGUUGCAAAAGGCUAUAUACCAGCAAGCAAGCAGUUUCCUUCACCUGCAUAUGCUACCGCUGAAGAGUUUACCUAAGAUUUUGAAACAUGCUACACCAAAUGGAAACCCUUCACCUAGUGCUUCAAUUCGAAGCGCUACAGCCAGCCCGUCCGGGAACAAACCGCACACGUCUGUUUUGGCGUCUAUAAAAUAUGGCAGCAAUACCGCCAAUGGAAGUGGACAGAGCAUCAAUAGCGACAACAGCAGCGCUAUAUCAGCCCUUGAAACAGAGGAGAAAACCCUCCGCGAGCGGCUAAUAGUCCUUGAGGAGCAGAAGUUUUUCGUCUCGGAGAUGAUCGCGGAUGCCAAUCGGCGACGGAGAUUCGACGAGGUCAGCAGCUUGGCUGUCAACGUCGAGGAUUUGAGUCGAGAAAUCGACAGAGUCAAUGGAAUGCUGGCCCAGUUAGACUUUGAGGGCGUCUAUACCAGUAGUCAACAACCUUUGGCAUGA